AUGAAUAAAUACUUAGCUUAUUAAUUUGUAGGAAAAAGUGAUGGUCUUCAUAAAUUACCUGAUCAUAUUCAAAAAAUUAAAAAAUCUCUAGGUUUUGAAGAAAAAGAAAGAAGAGUAAUUGAAGAACUUAUACCUUAAUUAAAAUAAAGAAUUAGAGCACAAUCUAUUCCUGAAAAACCUAUUCCUAAACAAAUAUAGAUUAAUAAUCUUGCUAAAAAAUUAGCUACUUUGAGAUAAGAAUACGAUAAAAUUAAUGUUGAAUUGAACAAACAUUAAUCUUUUAGAACAUAAAUAAAAAAUCCAAAAACAAGUUUUGAAUAACAUUUUUUUUAAAUUGAACAAUAGAUUCAUAUUUGGGAAGAAUAAAAAUUAAAACUAUCUGAAUAAAUUAAACAAAUAAAAAAAGAACUAUUUUUCUUAGAAAAUCAAUCAGAUACUUAUACUUCAAAAAAAAUUGUUACCAAUUAAUCUGUUUUAUUAAGUGAAUUAGUUACAAUUGAAAAAAAAAUACCCACUCCUUCUAAACUCCCUAAAAUAUUAAAUUAAGAAAGUCCUAUGUAUACUCAACCUAAAGCAUUUCAUUCAGAUAUUAAAAUGUUAAAUAAUACAAAUGAUUCAAAUUUGGUUGAUUUAUUAGAAAGCGAUGAAGAUUAAGAUUUAAGACCGAGAACAAGAGUCUCAAAAAUUAAACAUAAACAAUUACCAACUUUAGAAUAACUUAUAAGUUAAUUAGAUUAAUUUGUUGUAAAAAAUGAUAAAUUAUAACCUCAUAAAGAAGCAUUAUAAUAAUUUAGAUUAGCUUAGUAUGAAAAAUAUUUGAUUAAAUUACCUAAUUCCUAAUAAAAUACAAAUUAUGAUUUAAAAAAAUCUUUAAAAAACAAAAGAAUAAAAAAUAUAAAAUAUAUAUUUGCAACUGUUUUUUUUUGCUUUUGCUUAAUUAAACAAACUAAAAUAUCUUAACAAAGAUAUCAAUUAAUUUGUUAUUAAUAUCAUUAAAAUAAUUAUUAAAAGACUAAUCAAGAAAUUAUUUUUUUUGUAAACAAUGUUAUAGCUAAAUAAAUUUUAUUCAAAUUUAGUCGUUUGUAAUAACUUUAAAAAGCUGAAAAAAAAUAGCAUAAAAUAAUGAUGCCAUUAAUAGCAGAGGAGAUUGUUAGAGAAAUUCUAUAGAAGUUGACAAAUUAAAAGUUUUCAAAUUAAUUUUACAUCUUUAUAAAUUCUAUUUCAGAAGCAGGAUAUUAUCCAUUAUAAAAUUAUCAUAGCGAAAUCAUCAAAUCAAAAUUUUAAAUUUCAAAAUAUUUUUAAUAUUUAUUGAAAGAAUGUAAAAAGAUUGUUUUUUUUGAAUUUGUUUUAAUUAAAAAUGUUAUCUUUUAUGGAUUGUUUUUUAAAGCAAAAGAAUUGUUUGGUUAGUUAAAAAUAGAUGCUGAUAAUGAAUUAAUAAAUUCAGUGGCCUUAAUUUUACUUGAAUUAUUUUUAAGAACUUAAUAAUCUGGAAUCAUAAAUGUCAAUUUAAAACAUUUUAGUUAUGCAUUAGCAGAUGGUCCUUUUAUUUAAAAGUAUUUAAAAGAGUUAGAUUUAAUAAAAAUGAAAAUUUUAACUACUUUAUAAAUUGACGACAUGAUGAAACCAUUCAUAUAAAUGAUUGAAAAACAAUUUAUAAAUUACUAAUCAUGA